AUGACUCCGGUGCUGUAUUUGACAACGGGGGUCUUCACGGGGGAGGUCUUGUUCUGUUUGUUGCCGACUCUGGUCCUCGUCCUGCUCUCUGCGGCCUCCCACCAUCCCAGGGCUCAGCGCUGGCUGAGGCUGACCUGGAUCUCCGCAGGCUGGAGUCUCUGGGUCGUGGCUUGUUGGAUUCUGGAGCUCCCGCUGUGCGGGGACGAGAGAAACCGGGCCGGACAGACGGGAGCACCAGGCACGGGUGGUGUACCCCGCCCGCUGCAGGCCUCAGGGAGACCCGCUCUCACCUGCAAGCCGACGGCGCUUUCUCACUACCUGCUCCGCCACUGUGGCUCUCUGGCCCCGCCGAGGCUGGCCGCCUGGCCCAGGGGAGACCCCCACCUUCAGACACUGUCCAGUCUGCUGUGGGGCGCACAGGGCCGAGGCCGCCAAGGGGGUGGAGUGCGGUUUGCCAGGGACCACCUCCUGCUGAGAGACGGGGGAGUCGUAGCUCUCGACUGGGCCGCGGGGGUACGAGGGGUCAACGUGUUGGGGAGGGAUAGCGGCGAGGGGCGGAGGGAGCGUCCGUCCGGGACGAAGGCGCUGGGGUGCCACACUUCCGCCCCUCCUAUCCUGCUCCUCAUCCCGCAGGCCUGGGGAGGGACCACGCCUCACCUGAAGGGCCUGUGCCGCGUGGCCCUGCGGCAGGGCUUUUACCCCGUGGUUUUCCAUCCCCGCGGCACAGCGGGCUGCCCGCUCGCCACCCCGCAGAUGACCGAGUUCGGAGACCCGUCCGACCUCGCACAGGCGCUGGAGUACGUGCAGAGCCGCCACCCCUCCUCCGCGCUGGCUGCGGUGAGCGAAGGCUCGGGGUCGGGCCUCCUGCUGUCCUACCUGGGCGAGUGCGGCUCCAGCUCCCGCCUGAUGGCGGCCGUGGCCAUCUCGCCGGUGCUGCGGGGCCAAAUGUGGUUCGAAACCGCCAUGCCCACCAUCUACCGCUGGGGGGCGCUCUUUCGCCGCAAACAACAGCUCGGCAGAUAUGCGAGUUCCUUCGAUGCAGUCUUGGAUGUGGACCAGGCACUCCGCUGUUCCACCCUCAGGGACUUUGAAGAAGUUCUGUUCUGCUCAACCCGCCAGUCGACGAGGCCAAACCACCCAACAAGUGUCCCCAGCUCAGCCAGGGUCAAACACGUGGCAGGCUUGGCCCCUCAGCCCUUGGUGGCCUGGGCCCUGGGAGACAGGGCUUACCCAGCCAAGGACUGGGACGGCUACUGGGAGAGGAACGAACCCCUGAGAGAUGCGGAUGAGGUGGCGGUCCCUGUGCUCUGUAUAUGUAGCCGUGAUGACCCGCUCCUGCCCCCCGCCUCCAGCAUGCCCUUCUCCUUGUUCCAGGAAAACCCCUACUUUUUUCUGGUGAUGACAGAGACGGGGGGACACUGCGGGUUCACUUUAGAGGGGCGAGACAAAGUGGAGGCGGGAGAGAUGUCAAGCACAGGAAUCGGGGAUGGGGAGGCGGAGGAGCAGAACUGGAGUCACGUGGUCGCUCUAGAGUACUUCAGUGUGGUGGCCAACUUCCUGAGGGAAGAGAAGGAGAGGGACGGGGUGCAGUGGGAUGGCGCUGCCGGAGGGCAUGGACAGGCGGGGCAGAGGAGCAGGCCCGGCGCCGUCCCACCGCCCCGCAGAAGGAGAGCCACCGUGAUGAGGAGGUCACCCAGGAGCCAGGCACAUGGACAAGCCUGCCUGGGCAGAGAGGAGGAGAGGCAGUUUACCUGGAGGAGGUCCUACACACGCUAAAGGAAGGAGGAGGUAUUAACCCUAACAUGCAUGUCUUUUUUAUGGUGGGAGGAAACCGGGGCAGCCGGAGGAAACCCAAGCAGACAUGGGGAGAACAUGCAAACUCCACACCUGAAGGACCUGGGAUGGCUUCUUCCUUGCUGUGAGACAGCAGUGCUAACGCCUGGGCCUGCCAAGGCAGGUGAAGGAAGAGGAGAUCAACAGACCUCUAAAGUGUGAUGUAUAUGUGAUGGUCACAUGGGGGAUUCUGGAUCCACCAGUUUUAGUUUAAUGUAAAAUUGCAUACGGGUGUAAAUUAGUUGUCUUAUGCAGGACUGAUAGAGACUCUUGUUGCACAUUUUUCUUACACAUCGUUUUUAAUGACAAAUUGAAUUGAAUUGUUACUUUUGAGGGUUGCUGUUUUAUGCAUUUCUAUA